AUGGGUCAGUCAGAUAUUACUGCCUGUAGUACAGACUCUGUACGUAAUGCAUGUGGCAGUCAACUGUCGGUGCGCGCGCGCAUUUGCACGGAUAAUAUGAUACAGUGCCAACGGCCAUUGACAGCCUGUCGACGCCUAUUGAUCCGUACUUCCUUCACGUUUGUCAGCCUCAAGCCUUCAAGCUCGCAGACCAUCUCCCCCCAACCCGACCCGCACCACCAGUCCUCAUCCCGCCGCCUCCCCACCGCCAUGGCGGAGAACCUCUUCCCCCGUCCGGGGCACCCCCUCUCUAUCGCACACCCCACGGCCGUGUCGCUGCCCACCUCCAGCCUGGCCACGCCCUCGGCGCCUCCCUCCUGGGCGUGCCACCCGCCCGGGCGCCCGCCGCUGCAUCGCUCGCUCCCGCCGCCAGAGUUCCCCGCGGACAUGCUCACCACCAUCCAAUCGCUGGAGGACCGUCUGCGUGCGCACCCGCUCUUCCACCAGCUCAUGGCCAUCCAGACCCGCCGCGUCUCGCCCUCGCAGUCAGUCACGGCCGACGCGGACGGUCGCCUGGUCCUCCCAGGCCGCCGUCGCGGCGUCGACCUUGUCAUCUACUACGGCUUCCCCAAAUCGGACGAGGACGUCGAGUACUGCCUGGAGGACACCCCGGGCCUCAGCGAGCACAACUUCGUCGCCCUCAAGAACAGCCUCAUGGAAAGCCUCGCCAACGUCAGGCAUAUGGCACAGGAUGCCGUCGCCGAGAUGGAGACCAACCUCGCCCAGCAGCUGCACUUUCGCAUUGUCCCGCCCGAGGAGGUGCACAACAGGCUCCGGUAUAUUGUCAGCCGAUUUUCCAAGACACGUAAGGAGAUAUUGCACAAGUAUCGCGGGUACGUGCGUAACCGACGCUGGAUCGAGAACAUCGCCACCAGGCAGAGAAGGGGCUGUCUCACGCACCGCCAAAAUAACAUUCUCAGGCUGUGGUUGUUCACACACUUUAGCAAUCCGUACCCGGACGUCCAUGAGAAAAGGCAGCUUAUGCGCGAAACGGAGCUCUCAGCCACACAGGUCAACAACUGGCUCAUCAAUGCACGAAGCAGAGUCUGGAAGCCUACCGUGGAUAUGAUGUCGGGAGAUAGAGUUAAGCAGGAGAUGAGCAACAGUGAGGGGCGUUACGCUGCCUUUCGGGAAGAUGCAGACGUUGACGAUCCCAGAAAUUCCUUUUCGGGUCCACGCAAUGGGCUUCAAGCACCAGAUGGACAUCAUGUUGAUGUUGCACACGGACGCUUGCAAGCUGUGCUCGCGCAGGGGCCGCAAGGGGCACAUGCCACUCACCCAGUUGCAGAGGAAGGCGCAUGGCUCCCACAGCAGAAUUGGGGGAAUCUGGAAUUUCCCUCCGAAGGCAACCUCAACAACUGA